AACCUGACAACUUUGCUGAAAUGAAUACUAAAUAUAGAUGGUAACAGCAUUCUGCUUCAGAGCUGAGCUUGUAGCUCCAGUUAAGACAUUCAAGUGGAUCUGGGGAAGAAGACAAAGGAACAACGUUGCUGUUUUAUGCAGUUUUCCAGCAUUUUAUUGUGAAAGAAAAAAAAAGUUUAAUUGGGGAUGGUUUAGAUGUAUGAUGGAAAGUUCUUCUGAAAGUGUCUUUAAAAAUUCACAUGAAGAAGGGAAACUUUAUGCUGUUGAUUCACUGAACAACUUAAAUGAACACGUUUGUGCAGCUCGAACUCAGCCCCCAAUGGUCUGCGAAGACAACAUAGGUAGUAAUGGUUGUCCAAUAAUUCAAAGUGGCAUAAGAGGGCAAAGCUGGUACUUUGUCACAUUGAUCAUCAUUUUAAUUGCCAGCCUGGCACUUGUUUCUUUUGUAAUAAUCUUAAUAGUUCACACCGGAGACAAGAUAGAUGAAGUUUCAAGAAAAAUAGUACUAGAAAGGAAGAGCAUUGAAGAUUUGAAAAAAUUAAACGACAUGAUAUUACAAUACUUCAACCAGACAGAAGCUAUGAAGAUUACAGGAAAUUUCAGCACAGUGCGAGCAAGACAAUUGAGGUCUGAUUUUUCAGGCUAUUGACCAAAGAAAGCUAACCUGAAAGUACAAGCAGGAGUUCACUCUGCUAGGAAAUCCAUUCUCAAGUUGCUCAUCAAAUAUUGGAUGUAUUCUAUUUAAUAGAGAUUUCUAUUAAUCGUCCUGUAAUAUUCAGGAAACCUGUUACAAGCUUUUAUAAUGAUGGAUUUCUCUGUAGCGUUGCAAUUUCUAGGUCCAUGGUAAUUCCUGUGGUUAUUACCACUUAGAUGGAUAAGCCUGUGGAUAAGUACUGCAGCCGUGGCUGCAUCUGGACUACCAAAUGAGAAAUGUUUGUAUUUUGUUUACAUUUUUAGACUAGGAUAUACCUUAAACAAACCUGCAUCAUGAGAUAGCAUAUGAGAUAUGCUAUAUGGAGAUCGCAUAUGAGAUAGCAUAUGUGAAGAAAGGAGAAUGCACUGUCCCUUAAUUUGGAAACAAACACUUUGGAAACAUGCCACUCAGUAAUCAGAAAGAUCAGCUACUUUACUUAGAUUCCAGUUGCGGCAUGACUGCAGUUUGUGCUCCAGCCAAAAGACAAGAAAAAGCAGCAGUUUUUCAAUCUGCAGUUUACAUGAAUUAUCUGACUUCCAGAGCCUGACGUUACCACAAAAGAUUCACGUAAAGAAAUGAACUGUAAACAACUACAGAAUCAACUCAAGAAUUUAUAUUUUAUAACGGAUUUAUAGAAAGUCUUCACUAGUGUCUCAGCUACUUGGCCAUGCAUUUCACAUUAUGCUCGUUUGAGGUCUUGAACAGCAAUGAGCUCAUUCUUGAAAGAGCAGUCUCACUUCUAAUUCUGAAGAAAAUCCAAUCUUGCAAAUUGAUGGAAUGUAAUUAUGGUUUCUCUGGUUUUCCACUUGUGUGAUUUCCUUAUUAACCUGCUGUUAUUCUUUAUACACUGCAGGAUGCAGCUUAUUUUCAAGCUAUGUCAGCUUGAACUUAAAGAAACACUUUUCCUCAAGAUUUAUGAUAAUUUCUGAAUUGGCUAAACCAGGUACUUUAACACUUUAUCAGGCUCUGGAACUUGCUAGUUUGUUUAAAAAAAAAAACAGAACAAAAGCUCUAGCAAUAGAAAAUUGUUAGAAAACUAAAGAGUGUUAUGUUUAGCUUUCUUUGCAUUAAAGAAUACUAAAGAUAUUGCUGAUAUGCAAAGCUGGAUUUUUAAAAACAGAACAUUGGAAACAAAGACAUGCUAUCAGUAUCAUAUCACUGAUACUGCAUCAGAUAAGGUACAGUUGCCUAGCAGUAUGAAUCCCACCUAGAAACUCAGUCUCUUUGUACUGCUUCUCUGCCAGUUUAAAUGACAAAUUAUAUUUCUUUUUCUCAUUUCCUGCCCUGGGCCUCUUCCCAGCAUAUGAUGAGUAUUCCCAGCAUAAGAAGACUAUUUCUGAUAAUUAGCUCCCAUUAAGGAAACAUUUGUGGUAGACAGCAAUCAGCUCUACAAAAAGGGAUCAACCAACCACAGUAGGAAUAAUUAUUAUUAUUACCAUCUACAUCAAGUUCCCUAGUCAAAAAGUUCUCAUAUUUAUUAAUAGAUGUAGCAAGGAUACGUACUGCUCAUCAGAUUGUCAAUUCUGACAGCACUGAUUAAUUAUUUAAGAAAGCAAAAAACAUGCUAUAGUUCAUGCUAUGACCAUCCUUUUGAAGAGUGAAAGAAAAAUGCCUGCAUUGUUUGAAAAAGCCAUUUGAAAAAAAUACAUGGAAAACCAUACCAAAUUGAAUAUUAUUGCACAAAUCCAGAAAGAGUCAUGUUUCAGUCUCAAUGAAAUCACUAGGGUAUUCAUUGCAACAGGCUGAAAAUCCUUUAUAAAAAUCAAAACACAAAGUAUGACAGCACUAUAGCAAGACAAAUAACCUGCUGGUUUCAGCAUCAACAAGCUGAAAGUUUGAAAAGAGAGAUUAGCAGUUCCCUAAUUUUUUGUUUGUUCUUCUUUUCCUCCCAUUGUGAAUAAUGAGAGGGAAUAAAUUUACACUAGUUUGAAUACUGGUUAACAUGUCUCUACUAUUUGGGGGUUGGAGGAUGGAUCCUUUGGGUCCAAAGCUUUCUGCUGUUAGGUGAAUAGCAACCUCCAAAUUAUUGUACUGGAUUUCCCACUUUCAGUUUGGAGCUUUACCUCUGUCUUGUGACUGACCUGCAUUUUUCAAUUAACACCAGGAAGAGAGGCUGCUUAGACAAGGUAGCUCUUCCUAUUUACUCUUGCAAGUUGUGAGAUAACCCACUUCCAGCUCUAACCCCAAUCAGAUAAUUAUUUCCCUCUUUUGUUGUAGCAGGUGCCCAGUGCUUGCUAGACACUUAAUCCUCAUUAAUAUCUAACCUCCCUUUGCUGAUGCCCAAACUAAGCAACUCUGGGGGUGGAGGGGGAAAGAGAGGUUACAGGGCUAUAAAACUUGCUCAACAAAGGCAACCCGUUUGUGAGUCUAAUCAGGAGACCAUCCUUGCUGUUUGGACUCAUCCGGCAGAUUAAGGAUGGACCCCUGGCACUGUGAGUAUAUUUGGGGAGGAUUUCUUAAUACAUUUUCUUCCUGGGAUCUCCCUUGCUGUUCUCGGUCUUUGGUAUCCAUCCUGCAAAUCCUAAAUGAAGUGCUCAUGCACAAAUUAGCAGCAUCAAUUGUCAACCUCAGAAAAGUAGGCCAAAAGAAUCCUCUGGGCCAUGUACACAAUCCCAGGGAUUACAGGACUGUAGCUUAAAUUAUUUUAAAUGAAAUUUGGAUGUAACAAGCAGCGCAGUUCCCUACAUACCUACUCAGAAUGGAUUAUGCUUAUUCUCAAAUUGGAGGAUAUUCUACAGUAUAUCUUUGGAUCUAAGGCUUUGUUUCCAGGAUUCUUCAAAUGUUGUAUUUGACUGAAUGAAAAUUAUUACUGCUCUCGGUAGCUGAACACAUACUUUUAAAAAUCUUGCAUAAUAUUCCAGAUUAUGUUCGAAGGUUGUGAACCCCCGUUUUUACACUCCUGUUGACUCUUGAAAAAAUGAGAACAGAAAGGUCUUUUUACAGAAAGGAAAGUUUCCUUUCCAUGGCACUAGCAAACUAUAUUGUAAUGUGCACUACUAACAGAGGAAGGACACCCAGUGAUAAAUACAGAGUGAUUCAAAAUCAAUUAAAAGCCUUUAAACCAGAGGUUCCUAAAUGUUUUGCCAUCACACCUGUCAG